CGUCUCGUCACCAUAACUGCGAUUGCUAAGAACGCCACCGGUCUGCACCCGCACGGCUCGCCGGAGACUUUAAUAGAAUACAUGAUCUAGGCCUAAUGUGAAUUAAUGAGAACAUAGCAGUUUGUUAAUUUUGAAGGAAGGAAUUAUAUAUUUAUUUGCGUGAUGGAGUUGUGAUCAUCAGAUUGGCAACAAAUGUACCUAGUAUGACUUGAUUCCCUCAGAGUAGUCAGGCUUUUCAUUUUUGUGGGGAUCAGCAAAAUCAUCGCAUCAACAUGUAUCAUACUAGCCCCAGAGGUAAUGAUAAUAACAACAUGAGCUUCAAGACACCCAAGACAUUCCACACAGGUGGGAGGGUAACAAGACCGUCCCCUACCCCUUCCAGAGCAGAGUCAUUGAUGGAAGAACUGGGCUUUGGUGAUAGUGACCUCCUUAGUGACGGAGAUGAAAAUAGCAGCGAUGGAAGCUAUGACGAGGCGGACAGCGGUCUCGGCGGAGGCAAAAAAGCGAUGGUGUCUAAUGCGGAUGUCCAAGCUCUGCGCAAGGAAUUAAAACAAACUCAUCAGCAGCGAGAAGAGCUUCUACUGAAAGUCAAGAAUUUCCGGGAGAGCUCCCAGCAAUACCGCGCCAGCUAUGAGAAGGAGAAAGCAAACAAGUGGCAACAAAUCAAGAUAUUACGCAAGAGUCACGAAGCUCAUAUGCAAGAGAAGCAUCAACUCAUUGACAGUCUUCAGGAUAUCAUAAGGGACCAGGAAACAAGGGUUCUUGAACUUGAAGGAGGUGAUACAGGAGCAGCUUCAACUCAGUCAAACAGCAUCUCAAGCCGACUGGAGCAGCUCAUUGAUGCUCUAGAAGAGCAGCAGAACCAGGUCGCUGAAUCCAGGGAGAAACAGUACACGGCUGAGGAGGCCCUGAGGCAGAUGCAGCAGAAUGGACACGGUGGGGGCGGGCCGGACCAACAUCACCCAAGCCCUAGGGAGGAUGAGGAUGACGAUCAUAAAGCAGAGAGGGGUAACCAUGGUAACCAAGUGGUAGAGUCCGGGCUUCGGCAGGAGCUGGAGGAAGCUAAUUCUAUGAUCAAGCAGAUGCAAGAGGAACAGAAGCAGCAUGGUGGAGUGACAGACUAUGAGAAGGAGGUGGAGCAACUACAGGAGGAGGUGGGGAAGUUGAAAGAUGAUUGCUCGAGGUACAAGAAGGAGGCACAGCACCAGGAGCAAGUCAGGAGGAGGGAGUCCAAGUCACUCAAGCAAUCUGAGAUUGAGAAGCUUCAGCUUCAAAAACAGUUGACUCGGUUACAGACUGAGAUGGCAAACAAGAUGAGAGAAUUAGAUGAGUUAACAGCGAAACAAUCAGAGACUCUCAACCAAUCAUCAGGUAUGUCUGAAGACUUGGAGAGGAUGAAAGAAGAGAUGAAAAAACAGAUCCAGGAUUUACAGACCCAACUCAAUGAGAAAGAGAACCAGAUUGCUGAGUUGGAGGCUUACAAAGAUAAGGCAAUGGUACUGGAAGUCGAAGUCUCCAAGCUUACUAAUGAGCUCUCUGACACCAAACAGUCUUCAGAUACAGCCCUCUUGGCAUCCAAGGGCGGGCAUCUCAAAGAAAUCAAGAAACUGCAAGCUGCUAACAAAUCGAGCGCAAAGCGUAUCAAGGAGCUUGAAGAGAGACUUGCCCACGAGUCUGAGAACCUCCUGGACUCUGCAAAGAAGCAGCUCCUGGCUCAGGAAUCCCUCGAGGAGCAGCUCAACGAGAAGAGCACCGAGCUGGAGAGGGUCCAGGAGGAGUAUGAAGAGUUGAAAGCCAAUCCUAAGAUUGUCGAGGUUGAAAAGAAAGUUGAGGUUGAGUCUGAAGAAGCGAAACGAGCCCUGUUACAAUUCAAACUACAGAACAACAAACUCAAGAAAGAUCUCAGUUCACUCAAGGACACUCAUGCAGACACUGAGAAACAGCUUGAAGACUCCAAGAAUGAGGUCGACUCACUCGUACAAAAACUUGAGGAGAGAGAGCAAGAGAUGGCUGAAGUCCAACAGCAGAUGGAGGAGGAGAUGAAGUGCCUGGAGGAGGCUAAAGACGAGGAGAUCAUACGCACCAAGGAGGCGGCGGAACAGGAGUCCAGUUUCAUCUUCCAGAAGUACUCCUUGAUGAGGACCAGGUUCAACCAGCUUAGACCUGGACUACUGAUGAUAGCCCAGGAGUAUCAGCAGCUCAGGUCCAUGUGUAGUCAGUUCCCUCUCAUGCUCAGUAAGGCCAUUGAAGAUACAAAGAACGAGAUCGGUGCAAGGCUCUCAAAGGUUGCCAAACACAACGAAGAGCUUCACAAGAAAUACCAGAAGGAGCUCCUCCUGCGCAAGAAGUACCACAACGAACUCAUCGACCUGAAGGGAAACAUCCGCGUCUUUGCUCGCGUUCGUCCACUCAUCAAGGAAGAUGGAGGAGGCGCAAACGCCAAGCCUGUGGUUACGUUUGAUCAGGAUGAUGAUGGACUUUUGAAUGUCCUUAACAAAGGAAGGAUGUCAACGUUUGAGGUGGAUAAAGUAUUCAACCAGGCAUCUAGUCAGGAAGAGGUUUUCAAUGAUGUGCGACCGUUGAUCAUCUCAAGUGUGGAUGGUUACAAUGUCUGUAUCUUUGCUUAUGGACAAACAGGGUCAGGAAAAACAUUCACUAUGCAGGGUCCAGCAAAGAACCCUGGAAUCAACCAACGUGCCCUCAAGUUACUGUUUGAAGACACAGCCGCACGCUCAGAUUACUCUUUUACCAUUACUGUGUCUGUUAUGGAGAUCUACAAUGAAAUGCUCAGGGAUCUACUGAGCGACGACCCCUCCAACAAGAUGGAUGUCAAAAUGGCCACCGAGGGCGGGCUUUAUGUGCCUGGACUCACCGAAGUUGAAGUCAGCUCCGUUGGAGACAUCAAUAGGGUGUUUGCCACUGGUCACAAGAACCGUUCCACGGCAUGUACAGACAUGAACGAACACAGUUCAAGAUCGCAUGCCUUGCUAUGUGUUAACAUCCUCGGAAAGAACAAAGCAUCUGGGAAGCGGACAAAAGGUAAACUGAACCUGGUAGAUUUGGCUGGCUCAGAGCGAGUGAAUAAAUCAGGAUCGAGUACAGACACCCAACGAUUGAAGGAAGCCCAAAGUAUCAAUAAAUCUCUCUCAGCUCUAGGCGAUGUCAUCCAAGCUUUGAGAGCUAAGCAAGGUCAUAUACCGUACAGGAACUCUAAACUUACGUAUCUACUUCAAGAAUCUUUAGGUGGAGACAGCAAGACUUUGAUGGUAGUCCAGGUCUCACCCGUAGCUAAGAACUCUGGAGAGUCUCACUGCAGUCUUAGCUUUGCUCAGAGGGUACGUAGCGUGGAGCUGGGAGCAGCUAGUAAGAGAACAGAUACGGCUGAAGUAGCUGCCCUCAAGGACAGGCUUUCACAGUAUGAGGAGGUUCCUACAUCUGCAUCUUACUCCACACCCGCAAGAGCAAAGACUCCUACGAACAAAACGCUGAAGGUGACCCCAAGACGAUGAUCAAUAAACUACUCCUGGAUCGUCAUCAAUGUCUGUGUGAUAUGGCUCUGUGCAUUCUUGAUACGAUACAAUCAACAACUCUUUUGAAAACAUCUUCUAUUUCUGCUACAACUUAAAUACAUGAAUCAACUGUCGAAUGAAUAUUAGUGAACAGUGACAUUAUGACGACGAUCAGCAAUUCCUAGUCACCAAUAUCAGUAUAUAUAUCAAGAGAAUCAUAUGUAUGGAUUCCUGGCAUUCUUUCUACACAUAAAUCUACAACUCUCCUGAAACUUUCCUUCAUCUAACUUACGUGGAAGAAUGAUCGCGUUGCAUGACGAUCAAUCAAGAUGAUGAUUAUGAUGAUCAUUAUGAUGUUUUAAUCUUAUUCUUCUAUUGUCUGUGUGAUGAAAUGGGGCAUUCCCACUACAUAAGAUGGUUGGAGUGUUCUUGUAUCAACUCUCUCCUUAAUGUUUGUUUUGUAUUGAUUACGACUGCAAUGGAUGAAUGAACUGUAUUAUGACACAACAAAAUUGACUGCAACUCGACAAUGAUGAACAAGCUCCUUCAAAAGGAUGUCUUCAUAUUCAUUUAGAGAUCCAUCUCCAUGUAUUGAAAUAAUGCUUCUUGCUACAAUUCUAUCAGCAACUCUUCUUUAAUUAGUAUCUCAUAAAAAUUGAAUGGAUUAAUCUACUGUUGGGCAGCAGACAGCAAGAAACUGUGUGGAGAAUCACUUGGCUUGAGAAAGUCCACGAGAGUGAAUGAAAGCUUGCCUACUACAUUUUAAGAUUGGUAGAAGCCUGAAUGACAUGUUAUAUGGACACCCUAAUCAGUGAAAAGUUUUUGUAUCAACUCUCCUGAUGAAUCUGAUCAUUAAAACUUAGGAAAAAAAUGGUCAAAUUAAUUCCAAUCAUCGAAAGAGGGAUGAAUGCCGAAUCAUGAAUGUUACCUUUUUUACCAGUAUGUAAUAACUUCUGCAUUUUAGCGAUUACACUCUUAACAACUCUCCUAUACUUAUGUUUCUCUGACAAUGUAAAUGUGCUACAGAAAUCAUAUUGGAUGAUGAUCAGAGUCUCCGUAUCUAGAGGUAGAUUAUAUCUGUAUUGUCAAAGUAUGUUCUUGAAGGAUAACCAUCUCAUGUUAACUCGUUCCUUUUAUUUAUUUAAGACCAUGUGCAUCAUUAUCAUAGGAAUAAGAUAAUUUGUGAUUCUCAAAAGGAAUUGUUUAGAAAAAAAUCAUUCUUUUUGUGUCAUCGAACAAAUGUUAUUGCGUCUGUAUAUUGAUAAUGGUGUGCUAGUGAUGAAUUUGAUUUUAACUUAUUGAAAACGCAUAUUUUUUAUAAAAAUCAUGCACUUAUGCUAUCAAUAUUAUUUUCUGUCUUAUAGAACUUUGGCAAAAUUAAUGUAUAUGAACAAUAGCAAGAACAACUUACUAUUAAUACUGUUAACCCUUAUCACCUCAUUCUAUCAGUUAUUCACAAGCUUGCAUUAUUGAUGUUGUCUAUUCUGUGUAUAAAAAGAUCGUCCAUUUCAGAAUUUUUUAGAGAAUCAUGAUUGGGUAAAUCGUUGGCAAUUUUCUAUUUAAAUGAAAAGUGUGUGCUUUUAAAUGUACAGUAGAUAUUAUAUGCUUCAAAAUUAGAGUCUAUGUGAUUAAUAUUAUCGAGCCUAUGUACUUGUGUAAAUAAAGCCUGUUUCAGGAAUGAUCGAACAUGCUUUUCAAAUAUAAUCAAGCAUCAUUUGCUCACUUUUAUUAUUAUUAUAUUGGCUGAAUCGGGAAUAUAUUUCAAUUUGAAGAGUUUGAUUUAUUCCCUUCAUCAUUGUUGUAUUCACCAAUCAAGUAAAAGGGCCUUAUUAUCAGCCAAUGCACAAAGAAGAGGAAAAGUUUGAGCAUGAACUGUUUGUUUCUAUUUUUUCAGACAUGGCAUAUUUUCUGAAACAGGCUGAUGUAUUCAGUGUGUGUAUCCUUUGUUGAUGUUUGCAUGGACCUCAUAGAUUUAGCUAUCAGUACUUACACUUUGUCUUUGCACUAGUAGCCUACUUCCAGACUGAAUGAAAUAUAUAUGUAGCAAACGUUGUGCCAAUCGAUGUAUGUGUAAAAUACCAAAGAAAUGAUCUGAGAGCGAUAAUACGAAUGACAAAACAAAAAUGAAGAUGGGAUAGAUACAAGAUACAUGUAUUUUUGUUUAAUUGAAGGGGGAGAUAACAUGCAUGUUUAUUUAUAUUUCAACAGAUUGGAUUGCGUUUCAAAAAUGAUUAUGUAGUAUGAUCGAGACAUUUUGUACUUACCGGUAGUUGGAAUGAUUGAAUUAAUAUUAAUCAUUACAGAAUCGUAUUGUAAGAGGAGUUUAAGUUUGAAUGUUUUAAUCAGUUUUAAUUUUGAUCCAUGACAGUGUUUACUUUGAGUUUGUUUUAUUAAUAUGAAUGUACUGGUGAUUAUUUUUAUUGCUAUAUCACACAGACCUUGUGUGUGUAAAACUAACUUACAAGUAAGUCUCAGUUUAGAAAAUGUUCGUUACUUGACAUGUUUUUUCUGACUUCAAGUAGUAAUCAAAUUAGUCAUUUUCUGCAUUUUCAACAUCACAAUAUCAAAAAUAUUUGUAUGAAGUUGGCGAUAUAAAUGCUUGAGUUUGAUUUAUAUUGAAAUAUGUUUUCAGGGAGUGAGAUACAGGUUUGAAAAUGUCCUAUCUUUAUUUACGUAUGUGUGCUACACUGACCGAUGAGUGUGGUCUGUAAAAGCAUUAGAAACCUUAGAAACCGGCCACCAUCCUUACACAUUGUCAUCAAAUAGUAUAUGUUUGCACAACUUUGAAUAACGUUAACCACAUUGUGCUGCUUGUGCCGGGGACAUCCCAGUUAACCAGAGGCCCCCCCCCCCCCAAAAAAAAAAAGUAAAAAAAAAAAAAUCAAGGUUCACAAGACCCAAAUUCACUGUUGUUUUUCACUAUGUUUCGGUCUCCAGAUUCUUUGAUCUCAUACAAUGCCUGAGAGAGUAGAAGGUGAUCAGAUGUGAUCACAUUUUUUGUUUGGUCUCAUUGACUUGUAUGCCUCCGCCACCGAAGAUGGUGUCGGAGGCAUUAUUGGUCACAUGACCUUUGGUUAACAAGGCUGUCGCCGCUUGUGCAUAUCACUAUCAUACCAGUAUAUUUGUAGCAGUAGUGCCUUGUAAAUGUUGUAUGACUGCAACGCUGUUUUUUAUUGUCAAAUGCUGUUUUAUGUGAUGUAAACAGUCAAGCAUGUAGAUAUAAUUUGUGAUGAUCUGUAAGUUAAUUGAUUAAUUGAUUCUCUAGUUAUUUAUAGUCAAAUUUAAAGGCUUCAAAAUAUUUUUGAAUAUCUUUCAGAGUUUCAGUUUCAAGAGUUUUAGGUACCGUAGUAGGGGUCAUUUCGUAAAUGUUUUAAUCACUUGCUUUUAUAACUAAUCUACUAUAUUACAGUUUGGUAAAAUAACAUAUGAAUUGAGAAUCAUCAUUGGAAUAUUUUCAAGGGUAAAUAUAUAUAUAUGUUAUGUGAACAUUUCAAGCUUUUUUUUUCAGAGUGAUACUUUCUCAGUUGUUAUGACAUUAACAUUACAUUUGGGAGUAAUUAAGGUAAAAAAGGGCUCUGACUGUUCACCUUUAGUUUACAAAGAAUUCAUAGUUGCACAUCUGGGGAAAGAAAAGUUUCACUAUGGAUCUAAAACAAUAAUAAUGUAAUACAGAUGUCACAAAAUUGUUUGAUUUAGUAAAAGAAGUCAUUUCUGUUAUGUUUAUGUUUUGUAGGCUUUGAUGUAACUAGUCAAUGUGUAAUUUAUUUAUUUGUAUGGCUUUAUAUGGUUGUCAUGCUUGGUAAAGUUUUCAUCACAAUUUCAUUUCAGUAAUCAUGUAUAUCCAAAGUAAGGAAAAUGGAGUAUAUGUUGUAUUUUUGAACAAUAUGCUCUUAUUUUUUUCAGAAUAAUUAUAAUAUGCAUAUAGUUGUUGGAAGAAAUCUUAUCUUGUAAAUAGAAACUAAUAUAUUCAGAUUUCUUAGAAGGGUGGAAAAGUUGAGUUAUUGUACUUAUUUUAUAAAAAAUGUGUUUUUAGUCAUUUCAUGAUACUAAGUUGCCUGAAACAGAAACUACUCUUAGUAUGUAAACAGUAUUACAUUAUGGAUACAUGUGACCUGAUUAAGUCUCUGUAGAAAUAUAAUACCAAUUAUUUUAAAUGCAUUUAAUACAGGAUAUAUAUCCCCAAAUUUAACACUACUUUCGGAUUGCAUGACCAUUAACUUAUCUAAUCUUUUAAGAUAUAUGAUAUACAUAAUUUUUCAAGAUACGAAAUAAGUCUGCCUUUAUGUUUAUAUUUUAGCACACAUAUUCCUAGUUCAGUAUCUUUUAAUAUGGCAAGAGGAGUUUUGUGUUGAAUCUUGUAAGCCUUUAAUUGGUAAUUUGGCUGCGUUCUUUUUCUGACAAAUUUUUAAUAGACUAAUCAUGGACUCUUCUAUUUGUGGCAGAAAAUAUUAUUUGAAUGGUUUAAGUUGGGUUUUAUCAAUGUAAAGGUUUAUAAUGAAUUGCAAAUAUUCAAGUUGAGGAUAACCAUGCCUGUCAUUGAGGGGGGUAAAUUAUGCCUCUUCAUGAAUUGUUUCAGUUAAACAAAAUCAAUAUACAAAAUAAAUGGGGAAAAAUAACACAGUACAAUGCACAAUUAAUGUCCUAGUUAAGUCUAUUUGAAAAUUUAUUUAAUCAUAUUUUUAGAAGAGAAAUAAAUCUUAACAUGAAUUGACUGCCAUGAAA